AUGUCAGCUCAAGGAGACACGUGUGGAAGUAUCAGCACCACCACCACCAGCCUCAGCGUGCCUCUCCAGGUGGAUGUGCACGUCAGCACUGAAAACGUGACUGUGCUGAUCAACGGUGUGCAGGUCUACCACGUGGCUGGCGGCGCACGGCAGGGGAAGUCUCACUUUCAGCCUCACUCAGGCGUACAUCUGCUGGUCACUGGGCCGCGCGGGGUCAUGAUGCAGCAGCGGUUCCUGACUUACCAGCCAGCAGAGCACGUUGACCUGGCCGCAGCCCUCGCCGCCAUCCAGCCUCACCGUGUGGUGGUCCUUGCUGCCGUGCCAGAAUUUUCUUUGUUUUUGGGUCAAGCAGGAGCGAAGGCACUGGAUUCCUUAGGGUUUCGAUGGUGUUCGAGAAUGGCGUGGGGCGAGCCCUGGGUGGGCGUGGCUGUCACGGGCAGGGGCAUGGUGGCUGAGGCUGCGGCAACACUCCAGGUGGGGCUGACGUCACCAAAAAGCCUUCGCCUGAGCACCGUAACGCAGCUGGAGAGUCGAGGUUCAGAGUGCAGCUGGUACCGUGAGUCGGGACGGGAGGUUCACGCCGCCUUCUGCAGACAGUACGAGGGUUACGGGGAUCUGUGUGCCUGCCGCCGCCCCUUCACCCCGCACGUCAGGCACCAGCAGGCGCGGAUGAGAAUGAAGGAAGAGAUUCCCGUCGUGGUGGUCACAGCCAACAAGCCUCGACAUCUGUACCGACUACUAAGGAAUCUGUACACCAUUGCGGGCGGUGGACAGACCGAUAUACUAGUGAUGGUAGACGACGCCCACCAGGAAACACUGGCCCUGGCGGAGGUGAUGGGCGUGAAAGCACUGUCUCAUCGGCCUGAGGGCGUGCACAGCAAUCGCACCAACGCUAACAUUCGCUUCGGUCUGUACAGUGUGUUCCGGCACUUCCCCGCCGCGGAUAAGGCCAUCCUGCUGGAGGACGACCUGCUCCUCUCCCCGGACUUUCUCAGUUUCUUCCACCAGGCCGCGUGGGUGCUGGACAACGACCCCACUGUGUUCUGCGUCAACGCCUUCAACAGCAACAGCCUCCCCGACACGGCAGCCGACGCCUCGCAGCUGCUGAGGUCAGAGAGUUUCCCGAUGUAUGGGUGGAUGGUGCGACGGAGCUACGCCAGGCAGGUCAUCACUAACUGGAUCCCUAAUGGACCGGGAGACUGGGACUGGUGGCUCAUGAAGGCGAUGGCGCAGCGGGGACGGGACGUGGUGUCUCCCGAGGUGUCAAGGACCUUCCACGCUGGCAAUGCAGGGAAACACGUGGACGGUUUCGAGCAACACCUUUACUACAGCAGGAUUCUGACAGCAUCCCGCCCCAACAUCAGACUGCGGGACCUACCAGGUGUUAUCUUGGAGAACUACGUGAGGAACCUAACUGGUGAGAUCCAGAGAGCGGAGGUGGUGACUCCUGACCCGAGGCUGAGAGACUUCCUGCCAAAGAGAAGACCUGGGCCGUUCGUCUCCUUCGUCAGGUCGGGCACGAGGAACGACGAAUUCUUUAGCUUUCGAAUGUUUUUAAUGACGACGAGGACCUACUACUGGGACACUCGUGAGAUCUUCAGGGGCGUCAUGAGGCUGAAGGUGCAGGGUCGUUUGUUCUACAUCGUGGGCUGUCCUCUGUCUGAGCUUUUCUGCCAACACAAGCCACGCGAUGUUCCGGUAAUAAGUCCAACGCGGGAGGUCAUCAAGACGGUCUUAAGGAUCAAUAACAAGUACGAGCAGUCCCUUUACGAGUAUGGCACAAGGGUGAGGAGUUACGAGACGCGGCUACUGAAGGAGGCGGACUUUGCUACGUGAGGGAAGUGAAGCUGCGACGAGUGAUAGAGUGUGGUUUCCUUGCUGUGUUUGUAUGAGUGUGCUGUGUGUGUGUGUGUGUGUGUGUGUGUGUGUGUGUGUGUGUGUGUGUGUAUUCUGGUGUGAUAAGGUUGUUGGUGUGGUAAUGAUGAAUUGCUUUACGGAUAUAUUUUGUAGUUUGUGAGUAAAGGUUUUGAUUGUAUUAACUACUCUCUCUCUCUCUCUCUCUCUCUCUCUCUCUCUCUCUCUCUCUCUCUCUCUCUCUCUCUCUCUCUCUCUCUCUCUCAC